AUGAUGAACUUGCUGUCAUUACCAACUCCAUUCUGCGCUGGGAGCAGAGACUUGUAUCCUCACAGUGCUAAACUUCCUGAUGUCACAUAUAGGACACCAUGGACCAGAGGUAAAAAGUCAAAGUCACUUUUGUGCUGUCACUGUAAUGACCUAGUCUCUGCUCGGCUCUUUAACAAACUCCAUCAUUUGAAAGAAAAAGGAAUAAUAUUGACUUUUUGUUCACAAGGAAAAAAACUGUUACAAGAGGCCCAUUAUAUAGUACAAAAAACUACAGACCUGUCCAAGGUUGCAUUCAUAUACAGUACUUAAACAUAAAUAUAUGUGUUCUCCGUUUACCUUCUUUGUUGCAGGACAGGUGAUCUCUGCCUGCAAGCUCUCUGUCAGUGUGUCUGUGCUGGAUGACCUGAGAGGAAAAAUAAAACCCAUUAAUUCACUAGAAAGGUUCUGUGGACUGACGUUGUAAUAUUUAAUCAGAAUUUAAUUGAGUUAAUUUAGUUAGUGUCUCUAAAAAGUUUUGUUUGAUUCCAGAUUCAGUGAGACUCUGAGUGAGGUCAAAAAGGACUUGGAGGUGGUACCAAGCUCUAAUCCUGAUUCGCUGAUUGAUCAGGACAAGUUGGUUUGUCCACAAGAGUCACAGAUUAAUGAUCCGUGCCAGGAGUCAUUUAAUAGGUGCUCUGUGGAUGAUACAAAACCUGAAAAAGAUAAAGGUAACUAAACCCCCCUUUCAUGUAGAAAUUUCUUCAUUCUUCGUAAAGAAUUGAGACUGUGAUUCUGUGUCUCACAAAAUAUGUCAUCGUGUCAAAGAUCUUCUCCUGCCCGAAGAGCUCCUGGGUGUUGAUUACCUGCCACAUUUUAAAAGACAUUUACCCACACUGAAAGCCAAACUGUCCCGGCUGAGAACUCUUCCUGUGGCUGACCCUCUGCUGAGCUCAGCGGGACAGACCAUAUCUGAGGAAGCCAUAUUCAGGUGAUUGUUACAUCCUCAUGCUUACUCAACAGCACUUUAAAGGCAUAUUUGUCUUUAAUGCUACUUUGUGUUUUGUUUAAACAUGUUGGGUCAUGUUUCUUUUAGAUACUGUGCAUCUUAUGAAAAACCGCCUAAUAUGAAUACUAGUGAUAUUCAGGCAUGUGCAAACAUCCAGGAGGAGUUUGGGAAAGAGUCACUAAUCCAAGAAGAGGUAGCUGGACACCAGUAAUGAUUUAAGCAUUGCAUUUUUUUAACUCAUUAUUACUAUUACAUGUAACUAUACAUAUAUAUUCAUUUUUCUGUAGUCCCUACUGUUGCCACUUGUAGUUGACACUUUGAAUCUGAGCCAAGAAAACUGCUCCAACUUUUCAAACAUUUGUGGUCGUAUGAAUGUCCUUCCUGAGCAGCUUCAUGAGCUCCCCUCAAUCCUGGAGGUGCUCAAGAAAGGUAAAAACAAAAUUACAGGUUCUAAAAAAAAUCACAAAAAGUAAACUCAUAGAUUCCAGUCAAAUAUUUUUUCAGCUUUUUGGACAGAUGCACCAGUAUCAGUGGACAUUUCUCAAUAUGAGAUGCCAAAAGAGUCCAACAAAAAGAGCAGCAUUAAUGGAGACCUGCUGGAGUCAGAGCUGAAAGGUAAAAGUUGCAGAUUGUGAGCAUAAAAGUAUUUUGUUAGUUGAUCAUGUUAGGAUUUGGUCUAAAACUGUAUCUGCUGAAGGGAAAAUAUAGGAUGCAGUUAUUUAGGUGAAGUAGGAAAAAUACUGAAUCACUCUGAAUUUCUCUCAAACUUAAGUUUUGAUUUCCACAAUGAUUGCAGUGUAAUAAACUGCAUCUCAUUGGACGUUUAUGACACUGAAUAAUAGCAAUAACCAAAUGUUCAGGUUGGUUCAGGUAAAGCUUGUUUUUUCAUUGUGUUCAUUAUUGUCAAUUUUCACACUUAAAUAUUCUUAUUUCAUCAACAAGUUUUUUUUUUUUUUAUCAAGUCCUAUCUCUCAGUAAUGGUAGUACUGAAAAACAGUGUUAUAAGCAUUAGAAAUACAAGAGUAGAGCAUCUUAGAGUAUCCCAAAAAAUGUGAAAGAGAGAGUAAAUUAAAGGGAUAUUAUCACUAUUAUCUGCCAUGUUAUAAGAUUCAGAUAUAGCAUUUGUGGAUUGUUACCUCGCCCAGUGAUUGUCGGACUAAUCUAGAAGUGAAAGUUAAAGCUUACUUUACAAAUACAUGUGGGUUUGUUGCUUAAACGUCAUCUUCUUUUAAGGACGUUUGAUGCUUCCUACCGAUCUGGAGCUGGAUGUAACUCUGGCCUUGACCCCUGAUCAAACCAAUCAAACCCAAAUAUGUGCGUUCACAUGUGAACCUCAGAGAGAGGAGCUGUCCCCGCUCUGCAGACGGUUAGUAAUGAUAACUUAUGAAACACUCAUCCAGAGAAGGUUAAGUUUAUUUAACAAAAUAAAAAUAUUUUGUUUGUUGAUUUGUAUGUAACAACAUGGAGUCUUAUCUGUUCCAGCUGCAGGAAAGGAGACGUCUGUGGGGUCAUUUUAAUGUUACCCCACAUAAGAAAGUGUUAUUUCAUUAUAAUUGUUUUGUAGUUCUUUGGUGUCAGUGACAGCUCAGAAGGAGAUGGAGACUGCACUGUGGAAAGCAGAAAAACAUCCAGCGCCGGUGGUGAGCUUAUUGUUGGCAGGUAACUCCAUGGUUCCAGUUUUAAAGGUUUUUUUUAUUAUUACUUUAUUCCAAAGCUCAACAUUCACACUGUAUUUAUAAUAAGUGAUGUUUCAGUGUAGCAGUUAAAUCCCUAAACAACAUCAAGGACCAGGAGCUGUUUUUCCUCCUCAUGAAAACUACUCCCAAGUAUAAUGUAGUCCACAAAAUUAUUUUAAAAUUCUGUUGUUUUUUUUCCUUUUGCACAGUUUCGUCUGCUCCCUCUGCAAAACAUAACAAUUAUAAGCUCUGCUGGCCACUAGAGGUCACUGGUUGUCUGGAGUUUAGAGUCAUGACAUUUCAUUUGUAUUACCCCUCUAACAAAAAGAUAUGCUUGUAAAGUUCAAAAAGCCGUCAUCUGAUUCAGGAGUUUUGAAUCUUGAUGCUUAUGUUGUUAUAAUUUCAUGACUUCAAUAGCUGUGGGUCCUGCAGUGGUAAAGAGUGCAACUUGCAGAUAACUGAAAACUUUUUUUUUGGAAUCCUUGGGCUUUUGGUUGUUUCUAUGAACCACAUUUUUGAACAUAGAUUUUGUUAUUUUCAUUAUGGUGAUUUUUAAUUGCUAUUAUUAUUAUGAUUAUUAAUAUUAUUAUAUAAUAUUAUGAUAUAUAUGUAAUUUUUUUGUGUAGGAGAAUGGGUGGGACUCGAUAAGUUUCGACUUCUUUCCCUUCUUUUUUGUACAUGGAUAAUCAUUUGUUGUUGUAUUUUUUACUUUUUUAUUAUUACUUUUUUUAUAUGUUCGAAAUAAACUCCAAUUUCAUUCUAUGAAUUUUAACUUUUGGGAAUCAAUGUUUGGCAUAUGUUUUAAUUUCAAAUGCUUAUGUCGCUGGUAAACCCUUGCUAGUUUUUGAGACUAUCACUAAAAUUACAUCCAUAAAGUCUGUUCAGUAAAACAAAUUUCAUUUAUUUUCUUGCAGAGCCUCAGAGUAAUGAAACUGCUGUUGACUUCCAGCCCUUGUGCGAAGCCUUGAAAGUUGUCAAUCUGGAGAAUCAAAAAGUUGGUUUUGCUCACAAACUGCAGUCAGAGAUGAGGAUGAAUUUAUGCAGCAACCAUGACUUUACAGAGAGCAUAGAGACUGAGUUUUCCCCAAAAGAGCAGGAGGAGCAUAUGGAAGACUUCCAAAAGCUGCCAUGUGAACAUGUGGAGUGUAAGAAUGUGACUUUCUUAUUUGUGAGAUGAUAGAAAUGUUAAUUUAUCAACUUUACUUUUUGUCCAUUGCCCCCCUCCGUAUUGAAGUGACAGACUCUGGGUCAUAAAUAAAACUAAUCAUUCUUCCACAACUGUCUGGAGCUAACUGUUUCAAAGAUAUUCCCCAGCCUAGAGCUAAAAUCUUCCAAAAUCCAUCCCUUUUCUUUUUUUGACGGUUUGUGAUUUGUGAACGUUUGUUUCAGCUAUGCAUCACUUUUUUUUUUUCAAAUAUUAAAGUUUAAGCAACAUUGAAGUUUUGAACGAAUCUAAUCUCCUCUGAUUUCAGUCACAGACACACCUAUCCUGAUGACUCCUGUGAGCAAAACUCAGUCACCUCCCCUGAGGAAAUCUGAAACUGCUCCUCCUAAAGUUACUGCAGAUGGCAAGCUUCCCCAAAGAGCGACAUCUUCCAGCACAUCCCAGAGAUCCUUUCUGUUGCCCUCUUUCACCACAAACACCAAGAGAGCCAUUUCUGCUGCUGUGAACGGCAUUGAAGACAAAGUUUUACCUCAGAAGAUUCCAGCAGUUUCUAUCGUGUCUUCUGCAAAUCAGAGCAGCAUAACAGCAGGUAGAGAAAAUUCUCAGACCAGGCAAAGCACCCACAAUCCUCAGCAGGCUGCAUCCUCCAGACUUGACAUCAGGAGUGAUCACAGAGGUCCUCAGUGUACAAGAUCAGAGAAGGACCUGGACCCCCUGUCCACCUUCAUAAUGCUGAGAUCCCAGCAGACAGAUCCACCUGCUGCAGAAGCUCUGAACCCAGCCAGCCAUCAGUCUCCAGGUAGAUCAUUGUUCCAAUAGAUGAAAUGGUUCAAAUUAAAACAUCAUGCAGUUAACAUCUUGACCAUCAUCCUUAAAUGCUCACUGUAACCUUUUAUUAAUUUGCUGCUUUUAACUGUGUACAAAAGAAAGAUAUUUAUUUCUUGUGCAUGGGCUGUAUUAGCUUGGAAGUGGUUGUCAAGUGACAUUUUAGUCAAAUUGAUGUUUAUCAGCUUUAGCUUGAGCAGUAGAAAUAGAUCUGAAAAUAGUACGUUAAGCAUUUUUCAGCUGUUUUUUUAUGUUUAUAUAGAAGUUAUUUGCUCUCAGGUAAAACAGAAAUGUGGACUUGACCACCAUUGAAGUUGGAACAUGAAGGUUUUUUUGAACACUGGCGCCAUCCUGUGGCAAUAAAAGGGCAGGGGACAUCGGCUUUACACAGUUUUUUAUCCACUGUAUUUAAAAUGCAUUCAGCUUUUCAUAGAUUUACAGUACAUAUUUCUUAUAAAAAUGAUAAAUAACACAGAGCUCAAAUAAUUAGUGCCAAUUCAAUACUCACUAAAGAAAUCAGUAUAUUAAGAAUUAUUCAUUUUAAAAUAUUAUAAAGUUACAAAAUAAGCACAAACAGCAAAAUCUGUAAAUCAGCUAAAGAAAUACUCACUGCAGACCUGCUGCCUUUUGCUUGAUGACCUUUUCAGGUUUUUUUUGUCUUGUUGUGCUCAGUAAUUCUGAUUUUAAAAAAAACUUUCAUAUAAGGACUCCUUUAAGAUACUCAAGGUCACCUUACAAAUACAAUACCAAUAAAAACAGACUUAAAUUAGAGGGCUCAGUAAACACACAACAAAAACACAAAAAUAUACAGUAACAGGCUGAACUGAUCUGCAGUUUAAGUCAUAUGUGGUGUGGUUACGAUGGAUUCUUUCUCUCUUUCAUGUACUUUCAUGUACACUCUGUAAUCUUGCACGGUUUUUGUUUUUCCAGGGCAAAAGACACAAGAACAGACACAGCCUCAGCUGCAGCCUCCUCCAGAUGAGGUGAAGAUAUCAGAUAGAAGGCCGAUGUACAUAAGCGGUGCUGUGUUAGGAAACGCUACCAGAGAGCAGCACACACCCUCUCAGCUGACAGGCCAAACCUUAAGUCAGGAGAGCAGAGUCGUACAAGUCCAAGCUACGGGUAUAAAAAACACUGUGAGAGUGUUUACAAAGGAGGAGAAAAAAACGGCAAAUCCUGAUAUCAUCUACGCUCCCUUUCUUACUUACAGACAGCCAGCAGCGUGCCUACUUAGAGCUGCUGGCUUUUGCUCAGCCAUGUCUGAGCUCAGCCAGACAGCUUGGGCUCAGAACCUCAGCAGGGGAAGACUUCAGCUGCCUGGCCCCUGACCAAACACACUUCCUCCUCAGGCAGCAGGAGAAGGCACUCAGCAGGGCACAGGCACAAAGCACAGAGCUGGUCAGAGGUACAAAAUGUCAUUUCAUCAUGCAGAAACCAACAUGUGCAAUCAUAUAACUAAAUAUUCUGCUACUAACAGCAUUACUUGAAUGCAUUUAUGCUGCUGGUUUUGUGUUGUAUGUAGAUCAGGACCUGCUAUUCAAUCAGGUGACUCUGCUUCAUGUGCUGGUGACGUUCAAGGAGCUGCUGCUGAAGUGUGAUCUUAGCACUGCGUGUGGUCAGUAUAGCUGGCUUUGAAACCUUUUAUAUACAAAUUUCGUGACUUAAAAAUGCUUUUAUAUGAUUUGACUUACUACUUCACUACUGUAAGAACAUUUCAUCAGGUAAAGACAGACCUAUAUCAUGCAAAUAAACCAGUACACUUAUCAGGAUAUGUUCUAAGACUCUAUCACUUAUGAAACUGAAGAAUCUAGUUUUUCAAGGUUGCUUACUGAGCUUGUAGUAGUUUGUAAUCUUUGCAAUCAUGUGAAUAAUUGUUGACAGAGUCCUACUUUGAGUCAUUGGUGGUGUUUUUUUUUGUAUGUGUGUGUGAACUGAAGGCUACCUAACCCAGGCAGCUGAGGCCUGUUCAGAGCAGAGCCUGCAGCAGCUGGUGAAGAGGCUGCAGAUCAUUCUCCACCUCAGUCACAAGAACCAGGAGCCGAACUUCAAACUGCUGGAGCUGCAGCAGGAGCUGGCUGAAUGGCUGCUCUGCAGGAAAGGACAGAAAAUCAUGGAAAAAGUCAGUUUUAGAAAUAAAUAAAAAAACAUACACACAGUGCCAUUUCUGAGUAUUUUUGGAUUAUGUUUAUAACUUUUCAUUCAGCUGUAAUCUCAGGUCUGGAUACUCCAUCCAUCAUUUUAAUUUGUGUGAUUUUUUCCCCUGGUUGAUUUGUUUUCUUUAGAUUCUUGUCAUGUUAUCAGUUGACUCGGAAGAAAACACAUCUGCAAUCAUCAGUAGUCUGAGCCAAGUGACCGGUGAGCUGCUCUUGUUCUGUUUGACUCAUCCCAGCAGUCAGAACUAAUAUUUAUUAGAUUGAGAUUCCUGUUUUUUAUGCACCAAAUCAACACAAAAAUGCCUAAAGUUUGAUUCGAGUUUUUAAACAAUCAGUUUUGUAUUUAACUCAUAACUGACUCAGUCUAUCAAGUGUGAUGGAAUCAAUAUAUAAAGCCUCAAUCAGAAUUUUGGAGUAAAAAAGAGAGAUUUCACCACAAGCUUAUAUAAAAAGAUAAAAUUAAAAAAAUAAAAAUAAAAACACAAUUUGUCUGACUAAAUUAAUGUGAAACACGUUUGUAAUAUUAAUUGGACAACUGAGAGUAAUUCCUGAUUAUGUUUGUGUCAAAUAUCUACAUCUGUAUUUAAUUUCUGUCUCAGGUGGGGCUGUCACUGCAGUUUAUCCCGAGAAGGACAAGAAGAAGCUCAAUGGUGCCGUUGUCAUCAGCAGGUGAAACUGGAGCUGUUUAUGAUGAAUUUUUACACACAGUUUACUUUUCAUAAUAGUAACUCAAAGUUAUCUGAUCAGGUGAAAGCUCAUGAAUCAGAUCAAAUUCUAAAAAUUGGUUCAGAAGAAAAAAAAGUGUUGAAUAAUUGAACAAUAUUUGGAGAUUAAGGUUUAAACUUAUUUACAACAGACCUUAAAUAUAAUUUGGCAUUUUCUAGGAGAUCUGUUAAAAUACAAAAAGCUGAUAAAACAGAAAAUUGUUUUAUCAUCUUUAUAUAUUCUACCACUGAACCCUAUUGUCAAAGCUGUGUGCGUUUUUAUUGUAAGAGAGUACAUGGUGUGCAGUUCACUGUGUCAAAGGAAAUAUUUCAAGCUGCUACGCUACACUUAACAAAGUCUAAUCACACUCCCAUCCUGUCCCACCAGCGUGCGUGACAGUGUGUGCGUGUUGGUGUGUGAGCAGCAUGUGGGCCCUGAUUUCCCCUGGAAGUGUUUCUCCCUUGUCGUGGAGUAUGACCACCCUGGCCAGUCACCAUGGGCAACAGUGUGCAGAGAGAGGGGGGUCAAUCACCUCACAUUCAAUACAAUCAUCUCCCACAAUGGUGAGCUGCCAGUAAAUACACAUUAUUCAGUCAGCCUUUAUUUAUGUUGCGCUAGUUUACAACAAAGGUUAUGUCAAGGUGCUCUUCAAAUAGAGCAGAUCUAGACUGUACUCAUGCCAUCUCAUUCCUACAUAAGAGAAAAACUUUGCACCAUUUAACAAGCUCAAGUGGCAAGAAAAAACUUCCUUUCAACAGGCAGAAACCUCAAGCAGAACCAGACUCAUGUUAGACAGUCAUCAGCUGAGACUGUGUCGGGAUUGAAAAGAAGAUAAAGUGAGAUGCAGAAAGAAAGAGAUGGAUACAGAUAACUAAAACAACAACAGCUGCAGCUCGUAAAAACUUUUGGUUAUGGUCUCAAUAAUAACAGUCAAAAUAGUAUGUUUACAUUCAAAGAAAUCCAAUUUAUGAUGGUAGACUGAUCUUAAUUUAUGGCAGAUAGAGUUAACAUGUCUAAUAGUAGCAUUUGUAAUAAAGAAGUUUAUAAUAGAGAUAAUAGAGAUGGGAAUAGAGAUAAUAAUGAUAAUAUUAGGUAUAGCAGUUGAAGUUGAGUGUGUGUUGUUGGAUUGUUGUUUACCAAAUGUGUCUCUUCCUCCAAACAGAGCCUGGAGAGGUCUCAUGGUGCCUGGAGGACAAAGUGCCAUAUGUGUUAUUUGUGACCGAGGGGCUUCUGAACUGUCCGCUGCUGCUCCAGACACUCGAGUCAGGGUAUGGUCUCAAGUCCAGUUUACAAAUAGUUUGUAGAGCUUGAAUGAGACAAAUGCUGCAGUGAGUGACAUUAAAAUACAAACUUAUCAACACAGACUUAGUGUGCCUUUUGGCAAACAACUUGGAUCACAGAUUUUGCUUGAGUCUGCGCACUUGAGGCAAAUAAAAAUGAUUAUAAUACAGCAAAGAAAAAGUGAAUGGACCUUCAAAUUUACCCCAAAAGUUCUAGUUUUUAUGAAGUCAUUUGUUUGUUUUUUUUGUGUUUAAGAAAAGCUAAAAACUUUGAUUUGAACUUCAGUCUCCAAACAUAACAAGGCUGAUAAAACUCAAUGUAACCACCACUGCCUUGGUCUGGGUUGCUAUGGCGAUUCAUUGGUUCGUUAAAAACGCUGCAAAGGCUGUCUGCCCACUCUCACAGAAGUACAUUUGUUCAGAAAGCAUUUUAAGCGUAAGUCAGCUUUAUAAAAAUGUGUUUCCACCACAACAAGCCAGUGAUAACUUAUCGCUUAAAUACCAUAUGGUGUUCAGAAGGUGUGUGUGUGUGUGUGUGUGUGUGUGUGUGUGUGUGUGUGUGUGUGUGUGUGUGUGUGUGUGUGUGUGUGUGUGUGUGUGUGUGUGUGUGUGUGUGUUGUAGGUUUAAUAUAACUGUGCUGGAGAGGAGCCACUGCCCCUCCUUGCAGAUGCUUGGAGGAACCCAUCAGUACGCUGUGAUUACAGUGAAUGAAAGCACGGCCAUCAUUGUUCAGGUAAGAGGAGAUAAAAGCACGUUCAGCAGCAUCCUUUAAGGGACACAAACAGGCAUCAACAACACACACACAUGCAGCAAAGAACUCCAUAUUUUUAUCUCCCUCCACUCAGCUUCUUAGGUAUUGCAUAGGUACGCUGCAAUGACUUUAACAUAACUCAGCUCCUGCAACUCAGUGCCCAUGUGUGUGUUUUUUGUAUGUGUGCAGAAGGAGGAAGAACUGUGUCAGGAGCGUGCCAGUGAGCGGGUUGUGAUGAGACUCACGGCUCUGUCUCUGCAAUACAACUGCUGUUGGCUCAUCCUGUACUGCCCAGACCUCCAAGGAGGAGGGUCAGUUCUCACCCUCAUUCAUGUAAACACACUAAUGCAGUUGAAUACGAAAAUGCAGAUGACAUAUGUUACAUACCAAAAGAUGUGUAAGGGGAUGAUGGUGGUAACAAUAGUAACAAAAAAGAACCAAGGUUAAGUAACGGCAUUCAGGGUAAUUAAUCAAACAGAAAUGUUUAUUCUCUGAGGUUAAACAACCAACUUAAAACAAGCAAUAAGCCGAGAAAAACACUGAUACGACAAAAAUAGUAAGCUAAGGUAGCAAAGGAAAACAGCAAAUGCACUUCAGGCUCCACUGCCACUGGAGGCCUGCUCAGUCCAGCCACUGAACCAUACCAGAGUCACACACUCGUUCAAACAGGUCCACACAGGAUCGCUGCCAGAGGAGCGAAUGAGAGAGAGACCACAGCCAUAUCUUCCUUUAUAUAGUCUGCUACUCAUCAGCAGAUCAGCCACACCUCUACUGCAGUGGAGAAAACCUGCAGGGAGAGAGAGAAAACAGCACAAACACCCAGGGCAUGUAACAACAUAGAUUCUACAUACACAUGCUCACCUCAAGUGUUUCUUUCCACGCAGAUUUUCCAGUGAAGCCUUUAAUAACUUGGUGUUGGUGUAUUCCUCUCUGGUGUUGUUUAGCAUGAAGUCAGAGGAUCUGGACGUGAAGGUAAAAGGCAAAUAUGAUUUAAUCAUCUGCCUUCAACUGUCCCUGUUUUGAAAAUAUCUUAAAAGACAAAGUAAGGGACGUAAGUCGUUCACAAGUUCAGUCUCCCACUGUGUCUGUCAGGUGCUGAUUGUGUCCGAGGUGGUGGAGGUGGCUAAAUGGAUCAGUCAGAUCUGCUUCCACAGCCUGAUGGCCGGUGACAGAGACCCUGUCGACUACCUGGACAGAGACUGGCUGGCUGUGAUCCCCUCAGAGGUGAUUUAUCAUGAAGAUUGAUCUUUGCCUAAAGAUAAGUUCCUGCUGUGGCCCCAACUUCAGCUUUUCACUCCUGUGCUUUAACAUUAGAUUUUCUUUUCCUCAGGAGGAGAAAUGUUUGUGCCAGUUCCCAUGUGUUAACCCUCUGGUUAGUCAGUUAAUGCUGAGACGAGCACCGUCUUUUCGGUGGCUCCUGGGGGCCUCCCUUUCUCAGCUGCAGGAGCUGCUUCCUGAAGUGCCACAAAAAGUCCUGAAGGUAAGAAAAGAUCUUCCAAUUUAUGAUUAA